GAUCGGACAACGCGGUGCGGGAGUGUGUGGAGGAUUUGCUCCAAGUGCUGGUUCCGCGGGAGGGAGGCGCGAUCCGAGCCGCCUUCUCCGGCCGGGUUUCGGUGCCGGGCCCCGGUACAGGCCUUUGCUGCCGGCUCGGUGCUGGGCCACGCCGCGGAGAGUCGAUCAGGCGCCGAGCCGUGGUGCUGCCUGCCGGCUGCCGCCAUGUUACUCACCGUGUACUGUGUGCGGCGCGACCUGAGCGAGAUCACCUUCACCCUGCAGGUGGACGGCGGCCUGGAGCUGCAGACCUUCCGGGCGCUCUGUGAGAUGGAGAGUAACAUCCCCGCGGCCGAGAGCCAGAUCAUCUUUGCAGAGAGGCCAUUAACAGAUGAUCAUCUGACACUGAAAGCAUAUGGACUGAAAGAUGGUGAUGUACUGGUGCUGCGACAGUUGGACAGACCACCAGUGCAGUCUGGUCUACCACUCCCAGGUGUAACAGGACUUCCCAGGAUUGAUUUCAGUGGUAUCUCGGUGCCUAGAUCACUCGGGGCCAGAAAUCCAGUGUCUGGAGCAGCUACCCAGCACCAACCAAUGCCAACUCCCAGUACCUCUACUGCUUCUGCUCCCUCCAUGCCACCUCAGCACAGUUUGGAAAAUAAUCCAGCAUUACUCCGGGACAUGCUUUUGGCCAAUCCACAUGAGCUUUCACUGUUGAAAGAGAGAAAUCCACCAUUGGCUGAGGCACUUCUUAGUGGAGAUGUUGAUAAGUUUACAAAGGUGCUUCGAGAGCAGCAAUUGGAACGAGCACGUCGUGAACAGGAGAGGAUCCGACUUCUGAAUGCCGACCCCUUUGACCUGGAAGCACAGGCCAAAAUCGAGGAAGACAUCAGGCAGCAGAACAUUGAAGAGAAUAUGACAAUUGCAAUGGAAGAAUCGCCAGAGAGCUUUGGUCAGGUGGUAAUGCUCUACAUCAAUUGCAAGGUUAAUGGGAAUCCAGUCAAGGCAUUUGUAGAUUCAGGAGCACAGAUGACGAUCAUGAGCCAGGCAUGUGCUGAGAGGUGCAACAUCAUGCGCUUGGUUGAUAGGCGGUGGGCAGGAAUCGCUAAAGGUGUUGGAACACAAAAAAUCAUUGGCAGAGUCCACUUGGCCCAGAUUCAGAUUGAAGGCGACUUUCUCCCUUGCUCCUUCUCCCUCCUGGAAGAUCAGCCAAUGGAUAUGUUGCUUGGACUCGACAUGCUCAAAAGGCAUCAGUGUUCAAUUGAUCUGAAGCGCAAUGUGCUGGUCAUUGGCACUACAGGAACAGAGACACGCUUUUUAUCUGAAGCAGAACUGCCAGGACUGUGCCAGGUUGGCUAUGGUAUGCCACGAGAUGAUCUUCGCCCUGACGAACUAGCAGAUCAAGAGCUGGCUGAAGCACUACACAGAUCAGCAGAGGAAACUGGACGCCGGCAUCACUGAUGCAUGUUGCACUUUUGCUGCCCUUGAAGAUGAUCACAGUCCAGG